GAACAAUAAGCGCAUUCGCCGCCUUUUGAUGGCACAGGAAGAGAAAGUUAACGGUUCACACAGUUGAUUUACGCACCAGGCUCCGAUGAACCGGCCACGUGUUACACAUGCCAGUCCAGCGACUUCCUCGGCAUGCGUUGUUUUCACGAAUGUGAUCUGGACAGAAGACCAGAUGGGAAAAUCAGCCGAGGCUUUGAACAAGAAGAAGGAGACCUCUCACCUGGAACAUUGCCUUGGUUCAAACAUUCCGACCCCCGGUUUGGAGUUCUAACUCAACGAAGCUGUCUAACAUUAAGCUCUGAGUGGGGUGGACAACAAAGAUCUCCAUGGCACUUUUGAUUUCUUUCAGCAAUGUCAUUAUUCAGGCGCCAGGGCCUCUUCAGUUUUCGAACCGUUCCCCGUCCUUUUACUUCAGACGCUUCAGAGGAUAGGCUUGGGGGCAAAAAUUGGACGCUUCAUCAUGACGGACCCCAGGGUAUUAACAUUGAAAAAGCUUCCGUAUUUUUGUUUCCCGGUCAAGGAACUGAGUUUGUUGGCAUGGGUAAAGCUCUAAUUGAAAUUCCAAAAGUGAAGCACAUGUUUCAAUAUGCCAACGAAACGCUCGGCACAAAUUUAUUGAGAUACUGUUUGGAAGGGCCCCAAGCGAAAUUACAUGAAAUCACACAUAGUCAUCCGGCUAUCUACAUUAUCUCACUAGCUGCUAUCGCCAAAUUACAGGAUAAGGAUGAUGAGCUGGUACGAAAUUGUGUGGCUGCAGCAGGUUUGAGUCAUGGAGAACUUGCCGCACUCGUGUUCUCAGGUGUUAUGACUUUUGAGCAAGGACUGCAAGUGGCACAGGUACGAGCGGAAGCUUUACGUAGAGCGUCUGAAAGUCCUCGUGGUGCAAUGUUAUCAGUGUUCGUUAAACCCGACAGUCAAUUGAAAUUAGCCCUACAGGCCGCCAUUAAUCAUUGUGAAACAGAACUAAAGAUGACAAAUCCGGAAUGUCAAAUUGCGAACUACCUGUAUUCAGGUUGUAAAGUCAUCGCCGGAAACGUUGAGGCAAUCGAAUUCAUCGAGCACAAUGCAGUGCAAUUUAACAUUCGCCGGGUGAAGCGAGUGCCUGUGGAUGCCGCGUUUCAUACACCCUUCAUGGAGUCGGUGACAAAGCCGAUGGUUGACGUGCUGUCUCGAUUGGAACCGCUCAAUGCUCCGAAGUUUCCGGUCAUCAGCUAUGUAGACAGUUUGCCUUAUGGGACCGCGUGCAAUAUUAAGCAAAAGCUAAGUGCGCAGAUGGCUCGGCCUGUUCUAUGGGAUCAGGUGUUGCAUGCGAUCUACUUCCGCCCGCCUGAUGUACCGAUGCCGCGGACGGUCGAACCCGGCCCUGGAAAACAGCUCGGCGCAAUGCUUCGUGUAGAAAAUCCCAGGGCGUUUGCACGCUAUCAGCCAAUAGAAGUGUAGAGGCCAUUUCUCUCCCGGUACUGAUGCUUACAUAUGUUCGAUUAGGGCCACCGCGACUGUGCAGGUUUAUUUAUUAUGGCCUGCUUCUGAUGUUAUCAUAUGUUUGCUCCUGAGCUUUCCAUCUGUAUUUUCAUAUUCAACUGUACUAAUACCAAGUUGAAAAUCAGUAAAUGA